UUCCUCAGUCUUUCACGUGUCUCUCUCAUUCUUUUUCGUUGUUCUGUUGGCUUCUAUUUAGUUUCUGUCAUUAUAUUGUUUCUGUUUGGCUAUCGGCAAAUACUUUUUAUAACCAUUUUCUUUUCUUUGGAAAGUUUUUCUCUGACGGUGGUUGUUGAAUAUAUCUAUAUUUAUAUAUAUUAUAUAUAUUAUACCUGUAUUCACAAACACAGAGGUUUUUGAGAGAAGAAAUGGAAGGGAGUAAGAAAACGGCGUCGUCUACAUCCUUGACUUCUGAGCUUUUUGGGUCCAAAGAUUCGUCUUCUUCAUCUGGGAUUUUUGGGUCUAUCUUUGCGCCUUCAACAAAGGUGUUAGGCAGAGAGUAUCUGCACUCUGAGAUGAAUGGGAGAAAGCAAGAUCUGCCAAAUGAGCCAUGGCAUGCAAAACCUUCCCCUGGUCAAUAUGAAAGCCCAAAAGGCGGUGACAACGAAAGUCAGAACAUGCCAAACAAAGACAUGAGCCCCAUUUAUCAGGAGCAAAGAGUACAGAACAACUGUUCUCUAAGUUCAUCAAUCUUAUAUGGUGGUCAAGACAUCUGUACUCAUCUUCAGACUACCCCAAGUUCAGUGUAUAAGAAAGAUGGGGGAGAAGAUGAUUCAGGGAGUGCUUCAAGGGGAAACUGGUGGCAAGGGUCUCUCUAUUAUUAAGAGCUCUCUUGCCUAGGCAUAUACUCACCAAGUUUAUUCAGACACUAGCUGUUCGGGAUGAUAAAGUUGGAUCCAUAAUAGGGGUUUGUCAUGAAUGAUUGAAGUUACAAAAGGUAUAAUGCCAGCUGGUCCAAAACGUCCUAAAUGAAAUUGUAAGCACAUAUUAUGUUUAUCUGGUUGCUUUAUGUUGUUUCUAUAGUUUUUAUUUGUCACUCACUUGGGACAUUCAAUUGCUGCACCAGACCACCAAUACACACCCCCACCCCAACAAAUAAAAUUACAAGAAUAUGUAGAAGCUGCUUAAGCAUAAAUGAAAACAAGUUGCGAAUAUAGGCUUUAACAUGUCCUCACCAGAAAAAUUUCAAUUGCCUGUUCAAAGACAAGAAUACUAAUUAAUUUUGGGUGUUCUAUAAUUUCCACUAAUCUCAACCCGAUUUGACUGAAUUGUUUUCUAUGACCAAAUGCU